UCCGGAUAGCUUUUUUCCACGUCUCAAACGAUCAUGUUUACGAAAAUAAGGAAACGUUUAGGAAAAAUCUUCAGUUGGAAAAACAUUCCACCUAUUACAUUCGAUGAUCCUACAGUAUGGUACCAGCUAACAUACGUGAACUUAUCAAACUGCAGUGGAAUCUGUGGAAUCACCACUUUGCCCAAAGAGUUGGGCGCUUUACCCGACCUUGAAAAGCUCGUUCUGUCGAACAAUGGUUUUGGAGCGUCCGACGAAUUUAAAUGGCACUGGCUGCAACCAACUGCAAUUCAGAAUAAUCUGCGUUUUCUAGACUUGAGCAAGAAUUCGCUGACAGAACUACCGGCGUGCAUCGGGAAGUUAAGUGCUUUGACAGAGCUGAUAGUUUGCCAUAACUCGCUGAAAUACUUGCCGCAGAGCAUCGGAAAUCUACGAAACUUGAAAGUUUUGGAAUUGUCGGAUAACAAAUUGUUAUAUUUACCAGGAAGUAUGAUAAAUAACGUGCUGAAAACUUUGGACGUUUCGACGAAUGCAGAUUUUCUUACAUUUGACAUUAUUGUCGUUCACACACAAUUAUUGACGCUUCGUAGCUUGGCAGCUAAAGUGAUCUUGAAGGACAGAUCAACAUAUUGCGACAGAGACAGCAUAUCGCCUGAGUCGCUCGAGUAUCUUGAGAAAACGAAUUAUUGCUUUUAUUGCAAGAGUCCCUGCUUCGAAUCUUAUAUAACGAAGUUCGCGCGGCUUAAUUCACUCUAUGUUGCCGAUAUGCCGAUAUUGGACGGAGACGAAAGAGAAAGACCUAUCUUGUCUUUCGAAUGUUACUUCUGUUCGUACGAUUGCUUUGAAAUAUGGAGCAUUUGUAAUGGCUAG